AUGGCUCAAGCUCUCGGCAACAUGCCGUCUUUAGCCGGCAAACUCCUCCGAGCUCCGGUCACCGGCCGGACGCCCUGCUCAGCCAACGUUGCCUGUGCCACCCCGCCCGAGGGUCCGUCGCUGGAUGAUCAGUCUGUCAUCAACGGCAAGAUUAUGCUGGGAGCUUUAUCGAGCAAGCUCACCAAGUCAGCAGUCAGCGCUCGUCGGUACACCGAAACGAAGCUUAAGCACUUUGGCGAGAUCAACGGCGAGGAAGGCGGUCAUGUCUAA